GUUUUGUAUAUAAGGUGCACGAUGGUGUUACAUUUAAACAAUACAAAGAUGGCGGAUUACUUGUCAAUUUUGUUGGUGUGGUGCUCGUUGGUAGGGUUUGCGUUGGCCGUCCCACCUGUGAGCAGGUCCAGGACUGACAUUGAGUCUUUCCGGGCUUUCUUGGAGAGGAGCAGGACAGAUAAUGGCAUCCGCCUAGAGUCCCGCAUGCUCGCCAACCCCAAGGCUUCGGUCUGGGAGAACAGUGGCAAGUUCGAAGGCGACAUCCUGCUGAAUGAUGAGCAAGCCGAGCUCAUGCUGCAGCAGUACGCAGGUGGCAGGAACGCAUACAUCUGGCCCAACACCAAAUGGCCAUCCAACACUAUUGUUUACGAGUUCAACAAUGAGUUCACCAACGCCCAAAUCAACGCCAUCUAUGCCGCCAUGAGGGAGAUUUCCUCGAGAACCUGUGUCAGAUUCCGUCGCAGAGAAGCCAGAGACGUCAACUUUGUCAGGAUCACUGGUCGUUCGGACGGUUGCUACGCUAAUGUAGGUUACUGGUCUACCAUGGGUGUACACACUUUGAACUUAGCUCGUGACACCCCUGGCCGUGGCUGCUUCACUCACACCGUCAUCAUCCACGAAUGGCUCCAUGUUGUCGGCUUCUUCCACAUGCAGUCCACUCACAACAGGGAUACCUACGUCCGCAUUAUGUGGCAGAACAUUUGGCCAGGCAUGGAACACAACUUCGACAAAUACGCAACCAAUAUCGUCAACAACAUGGGUCUCCCCUACGAAUACGCCAGCAACAUGCACUAUGGCAGAUAUGGCUUCAGUAUAAACGGUCAAGCUACCAUGUUACCUAUCUUCAAUGACAACGGUUUAUUGGGACAGACCCAGUUCGUGACGGCAUGGGACUGGCUCAGGGCCAACAGACAUUACAACUGCCCAGGAGCCUGGAAUGACGUCAUCAACCCUGAGGACCUUUCCAAAGGUGGCUAUGAGUUUGAGCCCAACUACGAGGAACUUGAAGACUUACCAGUAGAUGAUCAGGUUGCUGAGGAAAUCGCCCCACAAGAGGAAGUUGUUGAAGAUAUGCCCCAGGAAGACAUCGUUGCUGAUAAAGUGUCUUUCGUUGAUGAAGCUCCCCAGGAAUUGGACCAGUAAACCUACCACUUUGUAACCGAGACUGAUUUGUAAAUAAAAACUUAAAAUUACUUAAACUUAAAAUUAUAUACUCAUUUCUAAGACCUCUAUUUAUUUGGCUACAUAUACCUACUCAUUAUUAAAUAUCUAUGUACUAUUUCAAUCAAAAUUGAUAUCUACGAUGUUUUUUUCGUAAUAUAAAAUGAUUAUUAAUUAUA